AUGUCUUGUGAGUGUCAAGAUCGGGUAAAGCGUAAAUAUUACCGCUAUUAUGAUACACCCGAUGGCUGUGAUGUUUUCAAAAAGAUUUUGGUAACUAGCCGAUACGGAACUAUAGCCGGCUUGAUCUUGUCUACUUACGAUGUCUUAAUGUAUUCGCACGCUGUUGGCUUAGGCCCGAUUAUGAGACGGUAUGCAUACCACACAGUGCCACUUGCCAUGAUGGGAGCAACCUUUGCUGGAGUUGCUAAUGGAGUUCAACUUUUACGACAGAAAGAUGAUAUACUUAACUAUUUCAUUGGUGGCCUCGCUUGUGGACCCAUUCUGGCCUACUAUUUAGGGUCUAACCACGCUGUACUGUUAGGAGGCCUCGGUCUAGGAAUCAUUGGCAUGAUUAAGAAGAAUGCUAUUGAGAAUGAUUACACUCUAGUGCCUCAAGUCUCGGGACACAUGGGAACCAUCCGCAGUUGGAAACAUGAUUAUACAUUUUUAGCUGACCCAAGAGAUACUGCCAAGCACACAUGCGGGACCAAAAAAAGUCAAUAGGGAUAAUUACACCAAUCUAGUCAUUGAAAUUGAACAUUAUUUCAUUGAGCCUUCCAGCCUGCUUAUCAAUUUAUUAAUAAAAAUG